ACGGCGCCGAUCCAGGCAGCUCGGAGGACAGCCCCGGCGCCUGUCAGUCCGCACGGUUUGAAAACAGUUCGUUGUGCCGCCGCGGCAGCGGGGUUCCCGCCCUGCGGGGUCUGACGCGACCGCGCCGCCGCGGCGCUUUGUGCUCCGCCCGCCACUGAUGCUGCGUGUUCGGGACGACGGGCUCCGCGGUUGCAUCGUCUGAGGCUGGCCGCGAGGCGCCGAAGGUCGGCAUCAUGUCGCUGCCUCCGGAGAAAGCCUCGGAGCUGAAGCAGCUCAUCCACCAGCAGCUGAGCAAGAUGGAUGUCCAUGGCAGGAUAAGAGAAAUUCUCGCCGAGACUAUACGAGAAGAAUUGGCACCUGAUCAACAACAUUUAUCCACAGAAGAUCUGAUCAAAGCUCUUAGACGUCGAGGAAUCAUUGAUGAUGUAAUGAAAGAACUUAAUUUUGUGACUGACAGUGUUGAUCAAGAACUCUCUUCUCCAAAGCAAGCCGUUGCUUUUGAUAAACAGUCAACAUUAAAAAAAACUAAUGUUGAUCCAACACGGAGGUAUCUUUACCUUCAGGUUUUGGGUGGAAAAGCUUUCUUAGAACAUCUGCAAGAACCUGAGCCUUUACCAGGACAAAUUUGUUCGACGUUUACUUUAUGUUUACAUUAUCGGAACCAACGUUUCCGCUCAAAGCCUGUUCCGUGUGCUUGUGAGCCAGAUUUUCACGAUGGAUUUCUGCUUGAAGUUCACAGAGAAAAUUUAGGUGAUGGAACUAGAAUGGCUGAUUCAACAACAAUGUUAUCAAUAAGUGAUCCAAUUCACAUGGUGCUGAUCAAAACAGACAUAUUUGGUGAGACCACUUUAGUGGCAUCCUAUUUUCUGGAAUGGAGAUCAGUUUUGGGCUCAGAAAAUGGAGUGACCAGUCUGACUGUGGAACUUAUGGGUGUAGGCACAGAAUCAAAAGUUUCUGUGGGAAUUUUAAACAUAAAACUUGAGAUGUACCCACCACUCAACCAAACACUGUCUCAAGAAGUAGUGAACACACAGCUUGCCUUGGAACGUCAGAAAACUGCAGAGAAAGAACGCUUAUUUCUGGUCUAUGCUAAGCAGUGGUGGAGAGAGUAUUUGCAAAUUCGACCCUCACACAACUCACGGCUGGUAAAGAUUUUUGCACAGGAUGAGAACGGGAUAAAUAGACCAGUCUGUUCCUAUGUUAAACCACUUCGAGCUGGACGGCUUCUGGAUACUCCGAGGCAAGCAGCACGGUUUGUUAAUGUCCUUGGUUACGAACGAGCCCCCGUUAUCGGAGGAGGUGGCAAACAGGAGCAGUGGUGCACUCUGCUGGCUUUUCUCUGUAGAAACAAGGGUGAUUGUGAAGACCAUGCUAACCUGCUGUGCAGCCUUCUUCUUGGAUAUGGACUGGAGGCUUUUGUCUGUGUCGGGACCAAGGCAAAGGGGGCACCUCACGCAUGGGUUAUGACUUGUGGGACUGACGGGACCAUCACGUUCUGGGAGAGUUUAACAGGGCACAGGUACAUCCACAAGCCUUCUAAUCCUGAAGGACCUCCACUUGCCGAACAGUCCAAACCCUUGUACCCCUACCGAACAAUUGGUUGUGUUUUCAAUCAUCAGAUGUUCCUCGGAAACUGUCAACCCUCAGAUGCAGUAGAAACUUGCGUAUUUGAUUUGAAUGAUGAAUCCAAGUGGAAACCCAUGAGUGAAGAAGCAAUUAAGUCUGUGUGUGCUCCAGGGGCUACCACGUCCCUCCCUCCCUUCCCACCCCUGUGUGCUUCCACGAUUGAUGCCUCGGUCACAAGCAAUGAAAUCGAAAUGCAGCUGCGGCUCCUGGUGUCGGAACACAGAAAGGACCUUGGCCUCACCACUGUUUGGGAAGACCAGCUCUCCUAUCUCUUAUCGCCAGCGUUGGCUUCGUAUGAGUUUGAGCGGACGACAAGCAUAUCUGCCGGCAAUGAGGAGUUUCAGGACGCCAUAAGGAGGGCCGUACCUGACGGCCACACGUUCAAAGGGUUCCCGAUACACUUCGUGUAUCGGAACGCAAGGCGAGCGUUUGCCACGUGUCUUCGGUCUCCUUUCUGUGAAGAAAUAAUCUGUUGCCGUGGAGACCAGGUGCGGCUGGCGGUCCGUGUGCGAGUGUUCACCUACCCUGAAUCUGCAUGUGCUGUUUGGAUCAUGUUUGCUUGUAAAUAUCGCUCGGUGUUAUAGGACUCACGUUUCCUCAGAAUUACUCUGUGCUUUAUUAGAAUUGUGUAUGACUGACUAGCUGUGUGAGGGUUUCUUAAUUUACAUUCAGCCUCUGACUUUGGAUGUGAUGGUUUUGUAUAGAUCUGACUGCUGAUGGUUUAAAAAAAAAAUCAUGUAUGUACUUAAAAAUUCAGGAUAAAAAAGUUUGUAUUGAAUUUAGUAUAAAUUAAGGGUAUAAUAAUAAAUGGUACUUUGUUUUGAGGGACUCAGUAGUUUAACUGUGAAUAUAAGAUCUGUUUUCUUUGUAUUAAUAAGUAAAGAGAUUUGUCUAGUGGUUUAAGCUGUAGUUAAAUCAAAAUGGUCAUUAUUUUUCAUAAAUGAAAGAUUAUUUUACACAAAUUAGAAGAAAUUAAUCUCAUAAUAGGUUAUUUAUUACAUAGAUGAAAAUAUAUUUUGCUGAACUAUAAUUUUGUGGUUUAUUCAUGACACUAGGGUAUUCAAGGCUUUCCAGAAACGUAUAUGAAGACUUUGAUGGAAGAAUAGGAAGAAGGGCCAGGUGUGGUGGCUUUUAAUAGCAUGAGAAGCCAGCCUGGUC